AAAAUAGAGAGGUUGAAAAACAAAGUAUUUAGAAGUCACCACAGAUAUUCGGUGGAAGUUUAGUUUAGUGUUGUUCCUAUGCUUCGCUUGGAAAGCACUCCACCAACCCCUACCCCUACCCUCACCCCACCCCACCCCACCCAUUCUCCAUUUGCUUUAUAAGUUGAAGCUGAGCAAAACAUCGAUAUGUAAGAGUUGAUCAGAUAGGGCAAUAAGAUAUACGUAAUAAUUAUAGUAUCAAGGUAUAAAGAUGUAUUAUCAUCAUAAUCAUCAAGGAAAGAGCGUUCAUUCUUCAUCAAGAAUAUCAAUUACACCAGAAAGGCAUUUAUUUCUGCAAGGUGGGGGCGAUUCAGGACUUGUUCUAUCAACUGAUGCUAAGCCUAGACUCAAAUGGACACUAGACCUCCAUGAACACUUCAUAGAUGCAGUCAACCGGCUUGGAGGAGCAGAUAAGGCUACUCCAAAAUCAGUUUUAAAGCUAAUGGGAAUUCAAGGGCUUACUUUAUACCACUUAAAGAGUCAUCUUCAGAAGUACAGACUCAGUAAAAAUCUAUAUAGGCAGACUAAUAGUGGUGACACAAAUAAAGUUGGUAUGAUCGCACCAGCAGGAGAUGCCAAUGGUGAAACAAAUGGAACCCAGAUGAGCAAUUCAAGUGUUUGCCCUCAAACAAACAACAACUUGCAGAUGAGUGAAGCAAUACAGAUGCAAAUUGAAGUUCAAAGAAGGCUACAUGAACAACUUGAGGUACAGAGACACUUACAGCUUCGCAUAGAAGCGCAAGGGAAAUACUUACAAGCAGUUCUUGAAAAAGCACAAGAGACUCUUGGAAAGCAAAACCUAGGUAAAGUAGGAGUCGAGGCUGUAAAAGUUCAACUAUCUGAAUUGGAGUCAAAAGUAUCCACUCACUGCCUAAAUUCUACAUUUUUGGGUAUUAAAAAUGUGUCGAUGCAGACAAAUCAGCCAACAGAUUGUUCAGACGAUAGUUUCUUGACUUACUGUGAAGGUCAACAAAGUGAACAAGAGAUGAUAGGUUUGACCUUUUUAGAAUCCAAGAAGGUUGACAGUGAUCUGUCUAUGACGGUUGGGGGACAUAAAAGAAGUGAAUGGAACACCAGUAGAAGCUACAAUGAAAAAAGAUUUAUGUAUGGGGACGAGGAAGUCAUGUUAGAGAAUAUUGAGAGGCAAAAAGAGUUUCGGUUUCCAUAUAUUGGACAGAAACUGGACCUUAAUGUCCAUGAUGUGGAUCAUGUAGCUUCAAGUCACAAGUAGUUCGAUUUGAAUGGAGUUAGUUGGUAGCUAACAAGGUAUACUUUUGAAUGCAGAUUUAUCUUUUCUCAUUAAUGCAAUGAACAAGAACUUUGAGCUAGUAUCUUACCCAAUGGAAACAGACUAAGAGAAUAUCAUAAGACUAAGGUCUGGUGAUUACCCGGUAACGAUCACAAUGAACGGUUAGCCGUACCUAAUGGGAGAACCUGAGAGUACACUCCGACUGUUAAAUCAGUGAGGGCUAUAUAUAUUAAGUGCCAAUUAGUAGCAUGGCAACUGGACAGAAGAGUACUAGGGAACCCCAUUGCCGAGUCCCCUGUGAGGGAAAUAUAAAUGCAUCCACAUCCACAUCCCCAAUGGGGAAUGGGAAAUCCAGAUUUGGGAACUAGCCGAUGACAUAUUCCAUGGAAACUGAACAACUCAAGAAGAUAUGGUUUGGAGACGAAUGUAUAUUCUAUCUUUCAAAAAUUACAGGUUUUCUUUAUAAACUUAAUUAUACUUUUCUAUAAUGUUGAAAACUAUCAAAUGUACAUUCUCAUAACUGAGAAAUUUAGAAAACACUUUAGAUUUUUGUCUCAGGUAAGCCCAAGAAAAGGAAACGAUCAAGAAAUAUGACUAAUAUUUUAUUC